AUGGAGUCGCAUGACACAGCGCUUCUUGCGCUUGGUGUCAUUGCGGCGCCUCAGUCAACGGGUGAACAGUCUAGUGGCGACAUCGUGGUCGAGGACGGCGUUGAGCUCGACACCAACUUUAUCGAUGAUGCCAUCUUUGAGAUUCUCUCAAAUUAUACCAUGUUGCCCAGCGAUCCAAGUUCCGAAGUGGCCGAACUUCGCGAGGGUCCUCCCACCCCCACGACCGUGACGGCCGAGGUGGCAUCCAAGAUGAAGUCUCCGGGCGGCGGCAAAGACGGUCUCUUCUACCGCGGCGACUCGCGCCCACCAGCUGUCAUCUUUGCCGAGGGCUUCUCGCCACAAGGCAGCAAUAAGGACCUGCAGAACCACCUCAACUUCGGGGGCAACUCAGGCCUCGUCUCGGUCUCUCGGUCGCCUCAAACGGCCGAGGGGUAUGCGUUUGGCCGCAGCGCUGAUGGGGCAACCAAAGGUUACAUCUACGUCAUUAACGCCAAGGACCUUCCAGAUGGCUACUGGGUGCCCGGAAUCUAUCCUCCGGAGAAGAACCCGGCGGUUGGUCGCAACCGGGAGUUUGCUGUCGUUGGCAAAGUCCCCGAGUCAAGCAUUUCGCACGCGUACGAAGUGACAAGCAAUAAGCCGAGCUCCAGAAGCACAAAGAUCAAGAACGAAAAUUAUGCCUUCAAGAAGUCUCCCUCCUGCUUUGGAUUCCUUGGCAAGCGUGCUACCUGCGACCCUGCUAAAUAUAAGCCGGCGCCAACAAAAGCCGGCCGUUUCAGGGCUAAAGUGUCUGCUAAAUUCCGGGCCGGCGCCCGUGCCGGCGGAGCCGUCGCUUUUGCGGUGCUGUCGCCCUAUGCCCACGACGUCCUAGACAUGGUCAAGUCCUGGGACAACCCCAUCGGUCACGCCGUCAGCUGGUUUGACAACACCAUGACUAGCAUCCAGGAGGCUAUCGGCGGCCCGCAGGUGCCCGAGAUUUACGGCAACACACUAAAGCUACGCUUCAUCUGCUGGAUGCGCGGCGAGCAGCGCUGGAAGAAUGACGUCGACAGGGCUUGCGACCGCCUCCGCGAGUCGCAAAAGCCGAAGCCCAAACCCCCAACGCCCGAAGAGAAGCGUGUCAAGACCAUCAAUGACUUGCUCAGCACCUGCGAGAAGCUGCAAGACCCGAGCGCGAAGCUGUCCAACGAGGAAAUGAAGAACGAGCUGCUGGAUCGCUGCGAGGUAUUCCGCCAGCGUGCGGAAGACAUUACCAACGAUGUUGAUCCGGAUUGGACAUAUGAGGGUGAUGACGCUUAUCCUCCCCCACCCGAGCCGCCGAGUGCUAUCUAUAUUGACGAGAAUGGAGUCGAACACCCCAUUCCUUGGUAG